UGUCAACAAUUGUCAAUUUGGUAUUACGCCCGCAAAAUAGUGUUAGAUGAUGGAAGGAUCUCACCAAUUAGCUCCACAAAUCUGGCCGACCUCAGGAAAUAUUAGAUUACACAGCAGCAAUUUUUCUCGACUGGGAAACUAAUGAAACUGACGAAAAGUUCUAGAGCUAGUUAAAGAGGCUUGUUCUUCCGCCGAAACGAGCCA